UUACAUCUCUCUCUCUCUCUCUCUCUCUCUCUCUCUCUCUCUCUCUCUCUCUCUCUCUCUCUCGCUCUCUGCGAACCCCGUUUGCAUUACACAUAUAUGGACACACACACACACACACAUUCUCUACGGUACAUACACAAAUGUCAAAAGUAGUCUUCAGUCACAGCCUCCAUGUUUCUGAAUUUUCAAGCAUUUAGCUUUUUGCUUUCCACAUGAGCAGCAACACGACUUUCUUCUUGCUUUUUAUUGGUUCGUGUUAAUCUGUAGAUAUCCAGGUGAGAGAGAGAGAGAUGUGCCCUCUUCUUCUGGGGCGCUAACCCUUUUUUUUCAUUCUCUGUUCUUCUUUUCUUCCCCUUGUUGGUGGAGUGAAUAUUAAGAACAAUAACAGAAAAAGGAAUCGACCUUUUCUUUUUAAUUAAUUAUUUUAUAAUUUUUGGAAGAGUAAUAAUGCCAGUCCCUCUUGCGCCAUAUCCAACACCUCCGGCGCCGUACACUCCUCCUCCUCCGGCCACUAACGGAGCAGGAGGAGGAGGAGGGCAGAGCCAGUUGGUGUGUUCAGGGUGCAGGAACCUUCUUAUGUAUCCGGUCGGAGCCACCUCCGUCUGCUGCGCCGUUUGCAAUGCCGUCACCGCCGUCCCUCCUCCCGGUACAGAGAUGGCGCAGUUGGUGUGUGGAGGAUGCCACACCCUUCUGAUGUACAUUAGGGGAGCUACUAGCGUCCAAUGCUCCUGCUGCCACACCGUUAAUCUCGCCCUCGAAGCGAAUCAAGUGGCGCAUGUAAAUUGCGGGAACUGUAGGAUGCUGUUGAUGUAUCAAUACGGAGCAACGUCCGUGAAAUGUGCAGUUUGCAGCUUCGUCACUCCUGUUGGGGCGUCCACGAGCACAUCGGAACAAAAGUUCAGCAGUUGAAUUUAUCUAAUAUAUAAUAUAUUUAUAUCACACAAUCGAAGACGAGCUCUCUUUUUUUUUUUUUUUGGACCAUGUGAGUUUUUUGAAAGGCGAUGUGUGUGUAAUUCGUCGAAAUUGCUUCCCCCAUUCCGCAUUUGUAUAGAGCCCUCUCUCUCUGGCGAGAUUUUUUUUUUACUCUGUUUCUCUCUCCCUUUGGUACUCCUCUUCAUUCGACGUGAACGUGUGUUAAUAAAAGCAAGAUACUGUUUGUGGUUUGCUUUA